UGCUAAUGCUCUGUUGAAAGAACAGGAGGCGUGUGGCGUCACUGUGGUGCAUUAGCAUUUGGCUAACCGGAAUUAACCCGUUUAUAUUUGUGGACAGUAAAACAGCAGCCGUGCCCCGACGCGCUCCCACCCCCAGCGGUGCCGUCAUGUGGCAGGAGGCCCGCAAACACGAGCGCAAGCUCCGUGGCAUGAUGGUGGACUACAGGCGCCGUGGUGAGCGCCGGAGAGAGUACUAUGAGAAGAUAAAAAAAGAUCCGGCCCAGUUUCUCCAGGUUCACGGCCGAAACUACAAGAUCCAUCUGGAUCCUGCUGUGGCGCUGGCUGCAGAGAGCCCUGCAAACAUGAUGCCCUGGCAGGGAGACGCCAACAACAUGAUUGACAGAUUUGAUGUCAGGGCACACCUGGACUACAUCCCGACCUACACCCCACCUCUGCUCAGCACAUCCACCCCAGAGCAGGAGCUGGAGGAGAGGAAGUGCAAUUAUGAACGCUACAGAGGUCUGGUACAGAAUGACUAUGCCAACAUCUCAGAGGAGCAGUGUUUAUACCAGAUCUACCUGGACGAGCUCUACGGUGGCCUGUCCAAACCUAACGAGGAGGAGAAGAAGAAGCUGGCAGAGAAAAAAGUUGCCAUCGGUUACACUUAUGAAGACAGCACGUUGCAGGAGCCUAACUCCCAGUCAGACAAAGAUGAAGAUAAUUCAGAGAACAGUGAAUCUGAGGAGGAUGAAGGCAUCCCUGAUAUCGAUGUGGAGGUCGAUGUUGAUGAGCUGAACCAGGAACAGCUGGUGGACCUAAACAAAGUUGCAACCCCUUAUGGAAUGGCCGAAGGAGACUUUGUCAGGAUGUUGCAGAAAGACAAGGAGGAAGUGGAAGCUAUUAAACACGCCAAAGCUCUGGAGGCAGAGAGGGCCAUGUACUCUGGCCGUCGCUCUCGCAGACAGAGGAGGGAGUUUAGAGAAAAAAGACUAAAAGGGAGACAGAUCAGCCCACCGAGCUAUGCCAGAAGAGACAGCCCAACAUACGAUCCUUACAAACGGCCAGAGUCAGAAUCCAGCUCCGAGUCCCGGUCCCGGUCUCGGUCUUGCACUCCUGGUCCUGAGAAGAUCACGUUCAUCACCAGCUUCGGAGGCAGCGAUGACGAAGCUGCAGCGGCGACACAAACGGCCGCUCCUCACGCUGGCCACGCCCCCUCCAGCUUGCAGCACUCUGCAGGUCAUAGCAGGGGCUCCCGGAGACGAAGGUCGUCUUCAAGUCGCUCCCCGUCAUCCUCGUCUCGCUCCUCGUCUCGGUCUUCCUCCCGGUCAUCUUCCCGUUCGCGUCGUGCCCGACGGGGACGCGGGAGAAGAGAUGGGCGCCGAUCGCGUAGUCGUUCGCGGUCCAGACGGCGUUCCAGAUCUCGCUCAAGAGGUAGAGGAGGAUCCUGGAGGAGACGUGAGCGCACAAGAUCACGGUCCAACGACCGGGCCAGAGACAGGGAUAAAGACAGGGAUAGAGACAGGGACAGGAGACGAUACUCAGCGCGCAGACGAACACGGUCCCGCUCCAGCUCACGACAGGGCGGUGGUUCGAGGCAGAGAGGUUGGAGCAGUGGGGGGUACCGUCGGAAAGAAAGUGGCAGCCGCAGUCCCUCUCCUUCUCCCAGCCGUCAACAACACAGCCCCUCUCCUGCUCACAGAGGGUUCCAGCCUGCUACCAACUCCGUCUCUGACAAGCUGAGAAAGCCUGACACUGCGGGUGGUAAAGAGACGGGAGCCUCCAAACCCAAGCUGACGCCUCAGGAGCGGCUGAAGCUCCGAAUGCAGAAAGCGCUCAACAAGCAGUCCAAGGCGGAUAAGAAAGCUGCUCAGGUGAAGAUCCAGCAGCAGGAGCACAAGCGGCAGGAGCGAGAAGGAGAGCUACGAGCCAUGGCACGCAAAAUCCGUAUGAAGGAACGAGAACGGCGCGAGAAGGAGCGGGACGAAUGGGAAAAGCAGUAUGGCCGACAGAGCCACUCACCUUCUCCCUCCAAAUACAGCCGAGAAUCCAACUCAUACAAAAGAAGGUCACGAUCUCGAUCACGGAGUCCAUAUUCCAGAUACUGACGUAAGAAGUGGAAAAUGCGUCGUGUCUUACAGAACCUUUAGUUGACUUUUCAUCAGCGGCGACACUGUCCAGCUGGAGCCUCUUACACAAAAACAUAAAGACGGACUGUGUAAACAGUAAACAUCGACUGUGAUCCAAUAAUUAGAGAAGAUUUCUUCAAGCUGCUCUUUUUAUUUCAGCUUCUCUGAUAAAAUGCUCAUUUUCUUCACCUCUGCAUGUUCCCUCUUCCCUCUGUGGUCACGUUCUUGGGAGCUAGUUCAUCGUCAAAGUGUGAAAAACUAAAGCAACACCUGAACUUCACCUUCUCUUCCCAACACAAUGCCCCCACACUAUUUACAUUUCUGUAACAGGAAAUACCAAAAGUACGAAUUGUUUGAACAAGGCUCAUUUAUUCUUCAAAUAGGUAUAAAUAAUUAAAACCACUGUGCAGAUGAGGAUUUAGUCUGCAUUUAAUCAGCUGUUUAUUGCUCUUUUUGUACUCUGUCCUCAGC